AUGUUGAUAUUGAUACCUGUAUUCCAUGCAUGUGGUCUCUCUCAGUGCUACAAGGUGAAGUGUCUGGAGACAGAUGGACCCCCUGGACCUGAAGGACACAGAGGACAGAAGGGAGCUAAGGGAGACAACGGCAACCCCGGUCCUAAAGGCGAUAGGGGAAGACAGGGAGACCCCGGCAUCGAGGGUCCCAUCGGUCACCCAGGAGUCAAGGGUGAAAUAGGUAUCAAAGGUGAAAAGGGGGAGAUCGGAGCUGAGGGGAAGAAGGGUGUGGCCGGCCUCGCUGGACGCAACGGGACAGACGGACAGAAGGGGAAGAUCGGACGCAUCGGCGCUCCCGGCUGCAAAGGAGAUCCAGGAGACAGGGGUCCUGAUGGUCACUCAGGAGACGCGGGCGACGGUGGUCUUCCUGGAACGGAUGGAGAGAAGGGAGAUCCCGGUCGCUCAGGAAGAGCAGGCCCCCUCGGCCCGGUGGGAGACUCUGGACCUAAGGGUGAGAGAGGGAGUGCUGGCACACCUGGCUUCCCAGGAAACAAAGGAACGCCAGGAACCGCUGGAGGCCCGGGUGUCAAUGGAGAACUGGGGAGAAGAGGAGACUUUGGGCCAAUGGGGACCCCGGGAACAGACGGAGUUAAAGGAGACAAGGGUGAGGCAGGACCUGAGGGUCUGAGAGGACUGCCAGGUGAAGUAGGAAACAAAGGAACCAAGGGAGACAACGGACUCCCGGGGCCACGCGGGCUCCCCGGUACUUCAGGAGCGGCAGGGAAGAACGGUACCCGUGGCGACCCUGGUGAUGCUGGACCCAGAGGAGACCCUGGCCUUCCAGGACUAAAGGGGGACGUUGGAAGAGCUGGCUUCAGUUACCCAGGACCAAGAGGACCAACGGGAGAUCGCGGGGAGAAGGGCGGCCCAGGGCCCAGAGGAGGCAGAGGAGACUGUGGCCCCAAGGGAGGACCAGGGGGAAAGGGAACCUCUGGAGAGGAGGGAGAACCAGGGCCUCAGGGAGAACCUGGAUUCAGAGGACCAAGAGGAGUGGGUGGACGAGAUGGAGAUCCAGGUCCCGAGGGAGACCCUGGCCUCACAGAAUGUGAUGUCAUGAACUACAUCAGAGAGACCUGCGGCUGCUGUGACUGUGAGAAGCGGUGUGGGGCGCUGGACAUCGUGUUUGUGAUUGACAGCUCAGAGUCAGUGGGUCUGACCAAUUUUACUCUGGAGAAGAACUUUGUGAUCAACACCAUCAACAGACUGGGAUCCAUGGCCAAGGACCCCAACUCAGAGACAGGUACCAGAGUGGGGGUGGUCCAGUACAGUCACAGUGGAACCUUCCAGGCCAUCAGGCUCAAUGACUCCAAGAUCGACUCACUGUCUGCCUUCAAGGAUGCGGUAAAGCGUCUGGAAUGGAUAGCCGGGGGGACGUGGACCCCAUCAGCGCUGAAAUACGCCUACGACCACCUGAUCAAAGACAGUCGCAGAGCUAAAGCCAACGUCACCGUGGUAGUCAUCACAGACGGACGGUUUGACCCCAGGGACGACGACUCACUGCUCACAUACCUCUGCAGCGACCCCAGUGUGGAUGUGAGCGCUAUAGGUAUAGGGGACAUGUUUGACCAGAUAGAGGAGAAUGAGAGCCUGAAGAGUAUAGCCUGUCAGAGAGAAGGUAGGGUGCUGGGGAUGAGGCGCUUCGCUGAUCUGGUGGCAGAGGAGUUCAUCGACAAGAUAGAGACCGUGCUCUGCCCAGAUCCUGUCAUUGUGUGUCCUGACCUCCCCUGUAAAACUGAGCCAGCAGUGGCCAGCUGUGUCCAGCGCCCUGUGGACCUUGUGUUCAUGCUGGACGGGUCAGAGAGAAUGGGAGUGGAGAACCACCGCCGAGCCAAGGAGUUCAUCGAGAACGUGGCGCGCCGCCUCACGCUAGCCAACGGCCAAUCAGACGACAGGAACGCCCGCAUCGCCCUGCUGCAGUACGGCAGCAAAUCAGAACAGAGGGUUGAGUUUUCGCUCACGCACAAUCUGACGGUGAUCGCUGAUUCGCUGGCUGGGAUGAGCUACAUGGACUCCGCCUCCUCUCUGGGCAGCGCCAUCAUACACGCUGUCAACAACCUGGUGAUGUCGCAGGGCAGCCGUCUGGCGCGUCGUAACGCAGAACUGUCUUUUGUCUUCAUUACCGACGGAAUCACUGCCAGCGAAAGCCUGGAGGAGGGCGUGUCGGCCAUGCGGCGGGCUGAGGGUGUUCCCACGGUGAUCGCCAUGGGGACCGACACGGACCAGGACGUGCUGAGGAAGGUUGCCCUGGGAGACACGUCGGCCAUCUUUAGAGGAGAGGACUACGCCACGUUGGGGAAACCCACAUUCCUCGAACGCUUCAUCCGCUGGGUCUGCUAACCAGCUCGUUAGAGCUAACCAGCUCGUCAGAGCUAACCAGCUAACCAGCUGUGUUUUAACUAACAGUUAAAGGUGCAAUCCGUAAGAAUCUUUUUAGUAACGAAAUAAACAAACAAAUCAACAUGUUCUGAGAUGUGAAGGUGCUCUGUGCUCUGCAAAGUUUAAGCAAAAAGUGGCAGAACUUGGAAGCUCAACUUCUAGCUCGUCCAAGAGACAUAAGGCACUCCAGAUUUGUGUAUUUUUUUAAAUGAAUUAAAUGACAGAUUUCACCUUUAACUAGUUAAGCCCAAACAACCAAAGCCUUUCUUAUCAGAGAGUUACCGAAGUGUGAAAGAGGUUGCAAUUGUAAGUCUUGUUUCGUUUCUGUUUGUUUUUUUGUAUUGUGUUUCUAGAAGAGAUCCCUCACUGUGAGGUCUGUAUCAGUACGUUUGUAUUUUACACUAAAGGUGCUAUUCUAGUGGAAGGAGUUACACACAGUCUCGUGUUGCACAAACAGUCAACUCUGUUUAUCAAACAGUCUUAAUUUUUAAACAGUUCAGUUUUUCAAACUUUGUAAUUUCGAUAGAAGUGCCGCUUUAUACUUUAUUAUUCUAGUUCAGGGGACCAUCCACUCAUUUACACACAUCUCUCACACAAACACACCAAUUAGUUCAGGGUUUCAAACUCGGUCCUGUCCUCCUGCUGAGCUAGCUACUCUGAGCUAGCUAUUAAACCCAACACACCUACAUCUAUACCCAACACACCUUUAUCCAACACACCCAUACUUUUACCCAACACCCCCACACUUUUACCCAACACACACACACACACACACACUGAAAAUGUAUUUGUUGUAAACUGAGCAGUAUGUAAUAAAGCUAGCUGUGGUGAAACCAGA